CUGAUACUAAUAGCUAGGCAGCUACCAAAUUCACAAGAAUACAAAGUUAGAAUCAAGACACCACCCUCCCACUCCUAGUUAUAGUACUUUUUCUUCUUCUCUUCAUCUUACAGAAACCAUUUUCUAGAAAAAUGCAGUCCAUGCUAAACCUUCAUACAACUUAUGGUCUUCCUCUCUGUGUUUCUGGCAUCACCAAACAUUUUAUCCUCUCUGAAGAGAUGGCAGAUCAUGACCGCAGGAGGGAGGCCAUGAAGAAGAAAAGAUCAAGAGCCAGUGAGAGUCUGCAUGCAGAUCGAGAAAUGGGUAUUCAAGAAAACUUUGAAACUGUGGUUGAACAGAUCAUGGAAGGUGAAGUUGAUGGAGAUGGAGCUAUUGUUUUGCAGCAUCUGUCCUGCAGUUGCCUGGCUUGUACAGCAAAAGCUGCCUAGUUUAGGCAAGUUUAAACUAGUAUUUCUAGGCAUGAUGUGGCUCAGAACUUUGGUUUUUAACGAAUAUAUGUAUAUGGUUUUGUGUUAGAUUUGGACUCCUUUUGGCUCUUGUGGUUGUUUUCUUUCUGGAUCUUAAAUUACUAUUAAUUACUGAUUUCACCCAAAAAGCAAAUUUAA